AGCUGGACUCUGUCCCCCAGCCCCACCCCGGUGCUCCAGCCAGACCCCGCGCCAAGGCCGGACACCGCACCCCAGCCAUGGAGCUGCUGAGUGCCUGCAGCCACCCGUGCUGGGCCCUGCUCUCGCUGCUCCUGGGGCUGCUCCUCUGGGCCAGGAGGAGACAAGCAUGGGACCCCCUCAAGUGUCCCACCGACCUGACCGGCAAGACGGUGAUUGUCACCGGAGCCAACAGCGGGAUCGGCAAAUGCGUGGCCCUGGACCUGGCCCGCAGGAACGCCCGCACCAUCCUGGCGUGCCGGAGCCGUGAGCGGGGCCAGGCGGCUGUGGAGGAGAUCCGGGCGGCCACCGGCAAUCCUGCGGUGCUGCUGCGGCUGCUGGACACCAGCUCCCUGGCCUCUGUGCGUGCCUUCGCCCAGGCCGUGCUGCGGGAGGAGAAGCGGCUGGACGUGCUGGUGAACAACGCUGGCCUUACUGGGCUGCCCUUCACCAUCACACCGGAGGGGCUGGAACAGACCUUCGCCACCAACUACCUGGGCCCGUUCCUGCUCACCAACCUGCUGCUGGACCUCCUGAAGGCUUCAGCACCUGCCCGUGUCGUCAACGUCUCGUCCUUCCGGCACAGCGCGGGCACCGCCGACUGCCGCUACCUCACCGGGCAGGAGCGGCUCCGCGGCUUCGAUGCCGCCUACAACAGCACCAAGCUGAUGAAUGUCCUCUUCACCGCCGAGCUGGCGCGGCGCCUGCAGGGCACGGGGGUGACGGCCAACGCCCUGAGCCCCGGCAUGGUGAACACCAGCAUCAUGCGCCACUUCGGCUGGACCAUCCGGGCACUCUUCACCCUCAUCCGCCCCUUCAUAAAGUCAGCGGAGCAGGGCGCCGUCAGCACCAUUUACUGCGCUGUCUCGGAGGAGGCCUCGGGCAUCACAGGCAAGUACUUCGACAGCAGCUGCAGGCUGGUGCUGCCCUCCAUGGCCGCCCGCGAUGCCGGCCUCGCUCGCAAGCUCUGGGAGGAGUCAGAGCGGCUGACGGGGCUCACCGACAGCCCCCGGCACUGAGUCAGCGGCGGCUGGCGUGGGGACACAGCGGCGGCUGUGCCAGCGAGCGCUGCCAGCCGCUGGGCCGGGGUCCCUGCAGCUCCCUGGGACACGGUGCUGGGGGGGGGGGCUGGCGCCCUGCGGGUGGGGGCAGCCAGCUCCCGCAGCAGCCCCAGCAGCGCCAGCACCCCGAAGAGCAGCAGAGCGGGGUCACCCUGCCUGAGCCAGCCCGCGCAGCCCCUUCCCAAAAGGGGAGAGCGGUUAUGGGGCCCAGGCACGCCAGGACAGCCACGGUGACGGGGCAGAGACCAUGCUGCCAGCCAUGGUGUAACUCCUUUAUUAAAGAGGCCGGUGCAGCCAGCGCCGGCUACUCCCAGGUGA